AGUAGACAGAAAAAUAUAUUAUAUACACAGUCUGUACAUAACUUAAGUCUGUGUUAAUUGUUAUGUAGUUUCAAGUAAUUUUGGAAGAGUGCACUACGAAUCAUAUAUGCAUGUUCUGUAUUGACUUAGCUUUCUAUAAAGUGAUUAGUUUAAAUUGUUAUCAUGGUUAUCAUGAAAAUUUUGAAAAAUGCUUAAGUAGCUUUUAAAAAUGACGUAUAUAUGUAAAAAUGCAGAGUAGAUGUUUAACAAAUAUUUUAUUAUGGAAGUGCAAACAGAUACUUCUGUUCUGCGACCACCAGUUAAUUUGAGAAAUUCAGGGAAUGUAUUUUAUACACCAUUAACCUCAUUUGCUGAAAUGUGGUAUCAAAUAUUUUUAUGGGCCUUAUUUUCCUCUGUUUUUGUUCAUACUAUUGCUGGUGCAAUCUGUUUUGCUACGUUAAGGCAACAUAAAUAUGGAAAAUUUUUCCCAUUACUAAUCAUAAUAAUGGGAGUAUUAUUGCCAUUGACAUCAGGAGUUCUUAGUUCUGCGGCUGUUGCUUUUGUAUAUAGAGCAUCACGUUAUCCACUGCCACCAUUGAAUGCAUUAUUUUGGGGUAUCGGACAAACUAUUGUAGCAGGAUGUGUUGGAUUUACAAGAAUUCUAGCAACUUUAUAAUGAAAAAAAUUAUGUACAAGAUGUGUUAGUAAAAGAUAUAUGUAAUGCACAAUAGCAUUUUAUAAAAGAAUCAAUUGAACACUAUUUUACCAGUAUUAAUUAAUGUUACUAAUACAUAUUAAUAUAUAGGAAAAGUUGUACAUGCAUGGGUAUAUAAUGCACAUAUUUAAUGAUGAAGUCUUAAAAUUACAUAUGUAUUAUUAAAUUUUUAAAUUAGUCAGAAAAUAAAAUGUUAGUAUUUGUUAU